AUGUUUGUGGUUGAACACUUCAUCAUCGGCGUCAACACCAUCACCAUCAACCUAGUUAUGUCGACGAGGCCAAAGGGAAAAGAAGAGGAACUUGAUGGGAAGCAGUCACAAGGGUGGUUCUGUGGUGCUCGUGGAUCGUUGCUUCUUCUUCUCCGGGGAAUUCAUGGGUGUUUGUUUCUUGUGUUCUUGACUGGGAACGAAUGCAGAUGUGUGUUGACGAUUCAACCGGCGUUUGUUUUUGUCGUUGAUGGUAGUUCAAGUGAGGAUGAACUUCAAGCACUUAAGAAUGAGUUGUUGUUGAUUGUUGCACAGUUGCCAGAAAAUGCCAUGGUGGGGCUGAUUGUUUUUGAUUCAAUGGUGAGGGUGUAUGAUCUUGGGUUUACUGAGUGUUUACAGGUGGUUGUCUUACAUGGUGAAUGCAAGCCUUCUUAUAGCCAGGUUUUGAAGAGGCUAACAUUGAUGUAG